CCCCCUCCAUCUCCCAGUCUGUGUCAACGUCGAGCACAGAGUAUAUAAUGGGACACUGAGUCGCCAUUCGAAGCAGUUCUUGCAGUCCCAAAGUCAAGAUGCAAGCACGAAACCUCCCUUUGGCGCUCCUGCUGGUGUGUUGGGCCAUUGCGUGCUGCGAAGCCUCUCUGUUCAUUGGUGGACUAGUGGGUGGCUUGGCGGUUCUAAAGGGCGCGGCGCUGGUCGGUUAUGCGGUGGGGCGUCACCAGCGUAACAACAGGGGACACUACCACGGCCGUUCUCACUAUCGCGGAGGCUAUAAUGGGAGAAGGCACUAUCGCUACGGCCGCUCCGUCGAUCCCGACACCGAAGAAAACGUUGAUGAAGGCAAGAACAUGCUCCUGUCCACCGUGGGGCAGCUCGAUCCCGACGGAUGCAUCCUCAAAAUGCUGUGCCACCUCCAGACGAGGAGUCACUACAGCCUCACACCAGAGGAGAACCUCCUCGUCGACAUGUUCUCCAACAACACUGAGACCAUGUCCUCCUACAACGCCGCCUUCGUUUACGCCACGGAUGUCGGCACCAAGACCCGCGACCCGUCCGUCUGCAACGGACUCUUCCCCAAAUGUUCCCUCAAGGAAGAGCAGCUGAGCGGCCUUCUUCGGAGAGUCUGGGGCUGCGCUUCUAGCCUCUUCCGAGAAGACGUUGAGCGCGAGGACGACUUCAAUGCCACUCCGCCCAUGGAGCAACCCGUGGUCGAGGAACGGCCUGUCGAUGAGGAACCUCGAGAGGAACAACAAACCCUGGACGAAGAGCAGCCCAUAGUUGACUAUGUUGAUGACAAAGAAUUGCCCACUGAUGACGGAUUGUCCCUGGAAUCUAAGCUGCCUCUGCUGGAUGAAAUGCUCCUUGAUAACGGAAAGCCCCUGGUUGAGCUCCCCCGAAAAAACAAAAUGUCCAUGGAUGAACUGGUGUCCCUAAUUAUGGAAUAAUCAAUUUACAAUACUGCCUAAGAUCGGUAACUAUGUGUUAGAACAAUAUAUUCAUAGAAACAAAUUGC